AUGGAAGCGUCUAAGAGCCAUUCUAAAUGGUCUACAUGUGAUGCUAAAUAUGCCUCAUUUCCUCAGAUAACAGAAGACGAUUUACGUGCUCUAACAAUCGUACUGGCUGAUAAUGCUCAAACACUACGUCAACAAAUAUUGAAUAAACAUAAUGAAUAUCGUCAACAACAUUGUGCACCUAAUUUAAAACUCAAUGAUGACAUAAAUAAAAUAGCACAAGCUUAUGCUCAACACUUAGCUGAUACAGAUACAUUUGAACAUAGUGAUAAUCCUACCUACAAGGAUCAACCUUUAGGAGAAAAUUUAUGGAUGAUGGGAGGUUCAGGAACAGCUGUAGAUGGUACACAAGUAACAGAUUCCUGGUACAAUGAAAUUAAGGAUUAUACGACACCUGGUUUUUCUGACUCAACUGGACAUUUUACACAGGUCGUCUGGAAAGAUUCGGAAGAAAUCGGUGCUGGCUGUGCUUAUACAUCAGAUAAAUCAAAAGCAUAUUGUGUUGCAAAUUAUUAUCCAGCUGGAAAUUGGGAUGGGGAAUAUCAAACUAAUGUUAAACUCGCAUGUUAA